AUGUCCGACUGGGAGUCAUCGGGCUCACCGCCGCAGAACUUCCGAAAUGUGUUCAAAAGGCCGACGCCGAAAAAAGAAGCCGUUGAGACAACUUCCGAGGAGAACUGCCCGCGAAAAGUAAUCAGAAAAAGUUGAAUUUAUAAGAAAGUCGGAAUUUUCGGGGUUACGGUAGCCGAGGGAUAUGCAGAGUUUAGAGGGCGUGUAGUACAUGGAAUUAUUGAUUGGAAGGGAGAUGGGCGGUUUUGAAAUUUUUCUUUUUUUUCUUCGCUUUUAUUUCGAUAUUUUGGAAGUUUUGAUAUGUUAAGUAGUUUAUAAAUGUUAAAGAUUAAAUUGAUAAUAAUGCGGGGUUUUUUUUUCCAAAAUUAAAUUUUUUUUUUCCAUUUUUUGUGAUUAUAAUUGUACCUUUUUCAGGGCGAAAGAUGUGUCGGGUGUGGUAGCGAUUCGGCUAUCCGAGUACAUUAUGGAGCUAGCUCCUGUCAUGGCUGCAAGGCCUUUUUUAGGUUAUUUUUGAUUUAUAUCAUUUUAAAUGAGUAUAUUUGCUUUCAUUGUUUUUUUUUUUCGUGCUUUCUUGGUUAUAUAGUGGAGCAAGUGUCUUCUUUGACUCAAAUCACCCUGAAAAAAAUCUCAUUUUUUGAGAGUUUUUUUAAAACUUUUUGAUGAGCCUUUAAAACAUUCUAGCGAGAAUUUUUUUCGAACAAAUUCAAAAUGAUUUGGGGAAUAUUUGAAGGAGAGCUUCAAUUAUUUCAAAGUGUACUUCAUGAAGUUUCUUGCGUGAUUAUUUUUUUUGAAUUUUUUUGGGAAAAAUGGUUCUUUUUUUAAAUUUUAAUAUGAUAGAAAGAGUAGAGUUUUAAUUAGUUUAAUUAUCACACAAUUUUGUGAAUAUCGUCUAUUUUUUUCUAAUUUUUCAAAAAAAGCAAGAGUUUUGGCUAAGAAUUUUUAAUUGCUUCAAUUUUUAUCUUCUUUUUCUCCGAAAUAUUAUUUUUUUCCCUUUACUUUUUCAAGAGUUCCACCUGUUUUAGAGUCCGACAGGAUCAAGUCCCAAAAAUCAGAAGAAAAAAUUCUGGGGGUUUUAGACUCUAAAGUGCUUCAUUUUUCGAGUUUGAGAAGAAAAACACGGAUAUGGUUACGAUUUUUAAAAUUUUUCUGAAUUUCAGGCGUUUUUUCCCUAAAGAUUGAUUUUUAAAAGUUUCACCUGUCCAAGAGUCCGACAGGACCAAGUCCAAAAAAUCAGUAGAAAAAAAUUCCGCCGGUUUUAGACUCGAAAAGUGUUUCAUUGGACUUUGUGGUCAUUCUUUCCUACAUUCACACACUGUUUUGCUCACACAAAUACACACAAGUGCGGCUCCGCGAGCUUUCAUUCUUCCCCCCUCAAUGAAUGGGUUGACAGUCAACCUAAAGUUCGCGCAAACUUCAGGAAUUUUUUUCUCAAAAAAAUCAUGGGGAUCAUUCCUUGGAAAGUUCAGUGAGAUCGAAACUCGGUUGGACUUUUUGAGGGAUUUUUCGGGGACCUAAAAAUGAGAUAAGAAGUUUAGGCCUAUAUGAUUCUGAUAUGCUUUUUCAUAUGAGUUAUGAGUUUUGGGAAAGAAAAAAUGACAGAAUUUUUCCAAAUCUACAGUAAAAUUUAAGCCGGUUUCAUUAAUAUUGACAAAAAAAAUUCCUGAUUUAAAUUAAAGCCUGUGAAAUCCAAGGUUUGACAGUUCAUGAUUUCAUGCUUUGUAAGAUAAUCUCAAAAAAACUCAAAAUUGAAAAUGAAAAAGGUUUUUGGUCCUAGUUAUCUAAAAAAAUGUUCAACUAUUGGAAUUUUUUUGGGGGCUUUAGGCUCCCUUCUCUGAAAAGUUCCUGGAAAGCUAGGAUUUUUUUCCUCAGCUUAAAAAUUAAAAGCUUUAAGUUCAUUAUUGAAACUCGAACCGUAAUUUCUUAGAAGUCUAUAUAAUUAUAUAUUCAUUUAUCCGUCUUUCUAGAAGUUUAUAGGUUGAUCUAAUAGGUUUUUGAUGUCUUCGGCGAUCAAAGUUUCCGAGAGUCGCACCGUUUUUUUCUAAAAAGAGAUGAGAAUCCGACGAAACCGAAGUGUGUUGCUAUUUGUUCUUUUUGGUGGUAGUUUGAACCCGAUGGUUUGCGAUGUCUUUUGGAGAGCAAGAAACUUGAAUUUUGUCUUUUUUAAAGUUUAAAGAAAGUUAGAUUUUAGUUAUUUUCUGUAAAAUAAUUUAAAGAGUUUGUUCAACUUCUCUAAAAAUUUGAGGAAGCUGGAAAUCAGGCUUAAAACUGUCCCAAUAAGUAAAAAUAGGGAGCAUAAAAAAAAGAGAGUUUAUAACAAAUCUGACAGCACAGAAGCUGAAAAAAGAGCUACUCUUCAGCUUUAGCAAAAAAGAUAAGCAGCCGAAAGAUGGGCUAAAUGUGCGCUCCACGGACAAACCUAUCAGCUUUUCAAAUCCCAGCACGAAAAGACUUAUACAAUACGACAAGCUCUAAUACAAAGAUAAUCUGUUCUUUUGAUCUCAAACCUCGAGAAAAUGUCCGAAAAGUCGACUAUUAACAGAGAAGCCACUCGAAAAGGGCAAAGAACCCUGAGUUUGCUCUUUUUGUCGAGCCUAGACACGCGUAAACACCCAGGUCGCAAAUUUCGCCUGAAUCUGGUGCCAGACCAACUCGUACGACGUUUGCAUAAUUGUUUGGAGCGCACAAAGCAAAGUCUGUCCGUAUUUGUGGGCUCCAGUGGGAGAUCACAGAAACAGACUACACUUGACUAAUUUCUAGCUCAGUUGAUCAUUGUUUUUUGGGAAAAGUCUGCUUGAAAGCACCUUGAUUUUAUAAAAAGCACGAUUCGUUAGCACUUGGAUAUGAAGUUUUCUCAAAAAAUGAUCUGGGGGGGGUUCUAGAUGAGUAGUACAACUGGCUGUCUAUAACUUUGCUCAAAAACUUUUUGAUGGGCUAGAAAUCAAACUCAACACGAAUCUGUCUGCGCGAAUAGUCCGGAAGAGUUUUUAGCGAAAUUUGACAGAUUUCUUCCAAAAAAUCUAUAUGAAUUAGUCGAAACAACUUUUUGUGCUAUUGAAAAAGGUCGAAAUUAAUUUCAAUUGAAUGGAUAAAAAUUCCAUAGUUUGAUUCAUUUGAUUAUACACGCAAAAUCUCAAUUGAAAUGCUCAAAUUAAACCUCUAGUUCACAAGUUCAUUCAGUCUUCCGAGAAAAUCCUCUGCUGAUUCUCGGAAUAAAUGAAAAAUUAAUCCUCAUUUCACCAAAUAAGGUUCGAACAUUGUCCCUUUUUGGAUAGUAACGUUAGAAGUUUGAGCUCAACCUAGCCUCAUUUCAAUCUAAAUGAGUGUUUUUGAUUUCCUUCGAAUCACCAAUUUCCUUUUCAAAGUCGAGAUUUUCAGACGGUCCGUCUUCGAAGGACGCGUCUACAUGUGCAGUGCCGACAACAAUUGCGACAUUACCAAUGGUAAAACAACAAAAUUUGCUACUCCUUCAUGAAACGCCGCAUUGAAGAAUCCCGAAACCGUUGCCGCGCCUGCCGGCUCCAAAACUGCCUGGACGGCGGUAUGAAUCCCAAGCACGUCCGCGAGGAACGCAGCAAAAUCGAGCGGAUGCCCGCGGGACAGUCCUCGUCGCAGACGCCGACGACGUCGGCCGCCGUCUCGGCCGUCCCCCUUACGCCUCCUUCCUCCUCCCAGCCGAUGGCUUCCAAUUCCGACUGCGCCGUUUCCGAACAAGAAGCCGUCGAGAAGAAAAUUCGUGAGUGCCGAGGAAUGUCCGCAAGAUUGUUAUCUUCAAAGAAACCAGCCAGUUCUCCUGAAUCCAGUUCGCCUGUACCCAAUUUGAGGGGUAAAAAAAGAUUCAGCAUGACCUAGGGAAGCUAGAGGGAUCACUUGAGGGAUUAGAACUCAGUUUUCUUUCAGUGAUAGGAAUGCUUUUAUUUCUCUACAGAGGAAGCCUGAAAUUUAAGAUUUUAUCAGAUUUCUACUCGAUUUGCAGCUCCCAAAACAAAUUUUUUGAAAUUUUCAAUAGCUUCUUUUCCACGAUUUUUCAAUUUUUACGUUGCAAUGAAAAAAUACCAAAAAAAAACCAGAUUUAACAAAUUUUUUCUAUGAAGCGCAAUUGUCGCAACUCCCAAAAAAGCCUGAAUAAUUCGGAAAUUUUUUGUCUCCUUUUGGCGAUUUUUAACGCCAAACCAACAAUGAAAAUGUGCAAAAAAAGAAAUUCAACAAAUAUUUGACGAUUUUUGCAGCUCCCAAAAAUUUGCAGCCCUCAAAAAAAAGGUGCAGCUCCCAAAAAAUUUUGCAGCCCUCAAAAAAAGGAGCUUUCAAAAAAUUUGCAGCCUUCAAAAAACGAAUUGGAGCCCUCAAAAAAAUUUGCAGCCUUCAAAAAAGGAGCUUUCAAAAAUUUGCAGCUUUCAAAAAAAUUUGCCGCCUUCAAAAAAAGAAUUGGAGCUUCCAGAAAAUUUUGCGGCCCUCAAAAAAAUGAAGCUUUCAGAAAAAAAUUUUUUUAAUUUUUUUCUAAAAAGUAAUUUUUUUCGUAUUUCGAAUAGAGUCUGUUAUAAAAAGAUUCAAAAAGUAUUUCUCCAACUUUUUCAGCCGAAGAACACCAACUAACCCUGUUCGUCGUGGCUUUGGAGAAACAAACGGAGCAACUGACGGAUGAAGACGUCCAGGACAAUGAUAUAAUGGGCGCCUGGAGUCGCGAUAUUUCCCUAUCUUUCGGCCUGCAUCACCCUCAGAUGGUCAUCAAGAGGAUGCCGGUAGAGAAUCCAGAAGGAAAAAUAAUAAGAAAAAGGACUUUUAAAGAUCAACUACGAAUGUGAACGAAUUAUGGAGGCCACCGACCUCUACCUGAGUUGGUACCGAUCCUUCGUUCUACAUGCCGAUUGGGCCAUGGGAAUCCCCGAUUUCAGAAUCUUGCCACUGGCUGAUCAGGUAAAUCAAAUGCGCACCAAUGAACUGUUUGACAGCUUUUUUCUGAGCAAGAAUGGGUUAUUUCGAGUGGAAGCGAUUUCAUGAAGUGAAAGUGUGCUCUAUGGACAAUUAACGAAUUUGGAGAAAUUUAUUGCGUAAUCUUGAGUGCGAUUCAAAAAAGGAACGAGAAAGCUAUUUUAUGAAGUGAAAGUGUGCUCUAUGGACAAUUAACAAAAUUGGAGUAGUUUAUUGCGUAAUCUUGAAAACGAUUCAAAAAAAAAAGGAACGAGAAAGCUAUUUUGUGAAGGGAAAGUGCGCUCUAUCGAUAAUCAACGAAUUUGGAGGAAUUUAUUGUUUUCAAGCUUUUUUUUCGUAUCUUAAGGGAUCUCUGAGGAAGAUCUAACUACGAGAUUUUCGCUUUACUCAGAAAGUCUAGAGUGAUCACUAUAGGGGCCACCGAGAACCCUAGUCCUUGUAGGCUCCCCUCUAGGGACUGCUUUUCUUUCCCCUACGAGAUCUAAGGACGAGAUUUUUGCUUUUCUUGAGAACUCCAGAGUGGUCCCUAUAGGUUGGUCCUUAAAGGGGUUUUUAGUGGCCCUCUAUAGGAGACAUUCUAGUCGCUCAUCGUCAUGAAAUCUACGAGAAGAAUAUUUCCAUUCUAAAAUUUGAUGAAUUGGCGUAAUUUUAAUGAAACAUAUCCACAGAUGAUGAGUUUAGCCCUAUAGGGGCACUAAUCAGUCCCCUAACCCCUAUAGGGACCACUCCGGAGUUCCAUUUCAUUUUCCAUAAAAUUGCGACUUACCUCUCAAAAUCCGAUCCACGAAAAUCCAUCUUCUUUUUUCUUCCAGACGACGUUGUUCAAGCAGAACUUCAUGGCGUUCGGCUGGAUCACCUACGCCUACAAGUGCUACGAGUUGAAAAAUCACCGAAAAGGAAUCACUCUUGGCAAUGGCGCGUACAUUCCCUACAACGAGGAGCAGCAGAAAAAGCUGCCCGCCAGGUGGAUAUUCUGAUUAAAUUGCAAAGAGAAAAUUAAUCCACAAUUUUUGGAUAAUCCGAAAAAACCAAAUGUAGGUUUUCCAGAUGGUCGAGCACGUACGGAAUCGUCUGCAAGAAGCUGAUCGAUCUGAUCGUGCGGGUGAUGAUCGAGAUCGAGCUCACCGAGGAGGAGUACUGCCUCAUCAAGACCAUCUCCCUGUUUCAGCAAGGUGAAUCGAGGGGGCUAGCAAGAAAAAAAACGAGUUUGCUGGGGAAUCUGGAACUGUAGAAGCUCCAGAAUGUUCGAAAUUUUGGUGCUGAUUUUUUCUUAAGCCUGUAGGAGCUUUUUCUGAACUUAGAGCUCAAAAAUGAUAGUUCUUUGGAGAUUCUUAAACGAGUUAGAAAAGAAAUUUGAGGAUUUCAGAAAAAAGAGUUUUACGAAACAUUAGAUUGACCUGGAACUGUAGAAACUCCAGCAAAUUCGAAUUUUUAUUUUUUUACCAAAUAGAGAGUCUGGAGCCUGUAGGAGGUUCUGGUUUUCUGAACUUAUAGUCCAAAAAUGGCAGUUCUUCAGAGAUUCUUCUGACUAUUCAAAAAGAAAAAAUUGAAGCUUUUAGAAAAGUUUGGUAUCAAGAAAAUCAGAGCUGUUCUCAGGGGCGGCCCCGGUCGACCGAGGGCGCCCCGAUUUGCGGCGUGUUCGAGGGCGGCCGCGGUCGGCCUUUGAUAAGGGUCAACUCGGCCGACCCGUAGAUACAAAUUUUUUUGACUCUCGGUUUUUUUGCGAAUUAUAAGAAAGCGAAAGAAGCGCAAGUUUUACUGAAAUGAAAGUGAAACAAAAAAAAAAUUUUUUUUCGAGCACAUAAAGAAGAAAAACCGAUGAAAUGAAAUAUUAAUCCAAAAAUUCAAUAGUUUUCUAAGUGGCCAGAACAAUAUACAGAACUAGAGAAAAACGAAAUAAUAAAUAAGAAAUAAUUUGAAAUUUUCACAUCAUCAGGAAUUUCAUUUUUCGCAAAAAAAUUCAUUCAAACCACUAUUUGAAAUAUUAAUUUUUUUAUUUACAACGAGAAAAAAACGAAAAAGAUUCGAAAAAAGUGAAAUCAAAAAAAGCCCGAUUUCUAUCAAAAAACAAUAAAAUUAAACUCUUCAUGGAUCAUAAAUAACUUAAACAUUCAUUUUUCAAUAUGAAAAAAACCGAAAUAAAAAAACAAAAAAAUACGGAAAAAUCCUCGCGCUCGCUUCGGGGGCCUGAAUGAAAACCGCUUCGCGGGCCAGGGGCGCGUCGCGGUCAGGGUCGGGGCGGCCUCGGCCAGGGUCGCCCCGACUUGAGAACAGCUCUGAAUGGUACGUUUAAGAGAUUUUGAAGCAUUUCGAACUUUUGAAAAAUACUUGAAAGGUUGAAAAUAUUCAGGAGUGAAUCUCUUGAAAAAGGUCUAGAAGAAGAAGGAGCACUUGGAAAAAAAGUCGAAAAUUCUCAGAAACGAUAAGCUUAUUUCUGAAGAUUUAUGACGCAUUUUAUUUCCAGAAGAGGUGAGAAAGAAAUAUCUGAGUUUUCGAGGUCUUCAGAAGCUUUGAAAAAUCUUGAAGGUAUUCGAGAGGUUAUCGAAAGUUCUAGAAAGUGCUAAAUUUACAGAAGAAUCCCAGAAAAUUUUCUCCACUGUAAAUGAGUGAAAUGUAAAGAAUUCUAUGGAAAAAUAUCUACCUUAAGAGCCUUUUACAUGAGCUCUCAGAACUAGGCUAGACUUGACAGUUUCGAAAAUCAAGAAAGAGAAUUUUCUGAAAUAUUCCAAACGUCUGAAACUUGAAUUGAAAGCUUCAGACUGCAUCCUCUCGGAAGAACGGCAUGAACAUUUGCGCGCGGAUGCGAGAACGACUUCUGGAAGCCCUGAGCACCCACAUCGAACGGCGGUUCCCCUCCUUGAACUGCUCGCAAAGGACGACCCGGGCCCUCAAGAUCAGCCUCAUGUUGCCCAGCUUCUCUGUGAGCUUUUCAGCCUUUUGUUGAUUGACAAAAAACGGCCUUCGCAGACUAAUAAAGAAACAUAUUGAUAUCGGCACUUUCCAGUACAUCGGCCAAGUCGAGUCAACGUUGAUCCAGCAGCUGACGGCGGCCGACCUGCACCAGCUCAGCGGCGUCCCGAUGGAAAUCUGCGCCGCCCAACAAACUCUAUGACUCAUUCCCCAACUGAUUUGAUUAUUUUAUCAUUUGCCAAGCUUUAA